UUGAGCAUUCUCGCAAUAGAUAGCGCUACCAAUCCGGGAUAACAUUUAGAUCUAUUGUAUAAAGAAAACAUUUAACUCUGUUCCAAAUUCUAAAAAGGAAAAACAAAAUACUGGAGUGAACAUUUCUGUUGUUCCUGCUUCGUGUCCCUCGAGAAACCCCAUGAACCCCCUUGAAAACCCCCUCGAAAUACUCCCUCGUGCCCCCUCGUGGAAUUCUGCGAUAUCCUUGUAGAUUUUUUAUUUAUUUACUUAUUUGUAUUUAUUUGCACUGUGUUGGUAAAGUUGUCAAUGACACGGGCGUGUGAUAAAAAUUUACAUUGUAUGUUCAGUGUAUCUUGUUUCACGUCGAUGGUAAUAUGGAAAUAACGACCCAGUUAUCCAUAGAUGCUUACAAACAGUGAGAUACGGAGCAGAAUCCAAAACCAUUUUAAAAUUCAUAGUAAUAAAUAUUUAACAUUUAAAUAGAACAUAACAGGCAAUACAAAAUGCCAAUUCUUUCCAACCUGUCUCGACGAUUUCAUAUGUUAACAACAGAUGCAAUACCCGAACCACCACGAGUAGAAAUUAAAGGGUAUACCCAUAAUUUAAAUCCUGAUACAACAAAUGAAAAAUCGAAUGUGAAUCCUGCAAUUGAUAAAUUAUUGACUAAUGGUUCUGUACCUACAAAUACUAAUCCUGAUACACAAGAAGAAAAGGAAAUUAAAUUUCCCACUUGUGAUUCAAAACCACGUAGCAAACCUGAUGUUAAAACGAAAACAAAGCCAAAGCAAUUCAAGCAAUCACAAGGAACACGGGUUGUAAAUUACAAUAUAGUCAAUUCUAAUGGAGUAAAGAUUGGCGCAAGAACCAGCUAUAUUUGCAAUGUUAAUCAAUUUCCUUCUAAACAUACUGGACCAUCAGAUGAUUCCUGGUCGAAACCAAGUACACAACAGAUGCCUAUAAAUGUAAAACAUUUAUGUACUUGUAUAGAUGAAAUUACUUUGGAAGAUAUAUUUAUUAUUAAGACUCAUAUUGGACAUGGUUGGAAAGACGUUGCUAGAAGAUUAUCAUAUUCAGAUGGCCAAAUUGAACAAUUUGAAGAAAAUUACAGAUAUAAAGGAAUAAGUGAAGUCAUUUAUCAGAUACUUUUAGAUUGGAAACAGGCUAAUACAAAGGAUGCUAGUAUUGGUAAUUUGACAAAUUUAUUAUGGGUCUGUCAAGAAUAUGAUUGUGCAACACGAUUAGCUUCUGUUCAUGAGAAUACAAUCUGAUUUUUUAUCACGUUCACGCCGAUAUAAUCUACUGGUAAUUUGUAAGAUGCACAUUUAUCUAGUGCACCAAACAGCUCUAAUGUGAACUUGUUGAACUUUUACUUAGUAUAGAUUGUCAUCUUGGUAUGCUUUUUUUUAAUUAUUGUAC